GUUGGCACCGUUUGGCGCUGUGCAUUGGCGCCUGGAUCCCCACCUGGGGCCAUUUCACCUUCAGCACCGUAGGGCACUCGCCGGCCGCGGGGGCCCUGGCGCUCUUUCACUGUUACCUUUUUCUAGCUGGUGGGACCCUGAUUUUCAUCAACUGCUGUACGACGCUUCUCUUCUUCUACUCUGACUGGUUUGCAGCUGGUAGUAUUCAUUACGAAGAUUUCCGGGAGUGCUGUAGCUUCACACUGUCGGUGGAAUUCAUGGGCGUGUUCCUCCGCUCCUGCAUCGUGCUGUCGGUAUCCGCCGAUCUCCUGCGCUUUGCAUAUUUGUUGAUGAUUGAUGCAUGGCGACCGGACGCCUUUGAGGCCUAUCGCAGGCUGGUGGUGUCGGAUGCCUGGGGUGAACUUGAUGCAGGAGAAUUCUACGUCCGGAGCUGGUCCAUGUCCUUGAGCAAAUGGCAGAAAACAGGCGACAUUGUCUUCCAAUUGGUGCUUCAUUUGACCUUGAACCUAAUUCCAAUUACGGGGCUCAUCAUUGGGAGCCUUGGGCUAGUUGAUCCCAUCACGGUGCGGAAACUGUGCUUGGCCAUUGGCAGUCUUCACAUCUUGGCCUUCUACUUCCUUUCCUUCCACGGCGAAGUAGCUCUGAAGCUCCGCGGCUUCCGCAAGGCCUGGGUCCUGGCUCGGAAUCUCAGCACUUCGGAGGUGAGUGCGCAGAUCACUUGGACACGAACGAAGAGUCGGGUGGUCUCCGAUGCGGCAGAACAACGAUCCAUUUGCGUCCUUUGCUGCACCAUCUUCCAGUGGUUGCAGUCUUUGAUGCCUAUUUUCAGUGGCAUUGCAGCGGCGAUUUUGGGUUUCAUCUUCCAUCGGCCUGGUCUGAUCGUGGUCGGCUGCGUGUGGAGUGCCUUGCUGCUUUUCAUCACCAUCCUCACCUGGCACAGCUGGGGAAACGACGAGGAGAACGCCUGCGCCCCGGAAAGCGUUCAUCGCUACUUCCCGUGCCCAGAGAUGCUUCAGGAGUGGGCGGAGAAAUGGUGCAAUCUUGGGUUUCAAGCACAGGUUCUACACCGAUACCAUUCCACUGUGAUGUUGGGUAUUUCUGCCGCUAUUUUUGGAGCUUUUGGUUUCCAUUCUUUGACCAUCACCUGCCUAACCCUUUUGACUUUUGCGAUGACCCGCAUUCUAUGGUUGCAAGCCGAAGGGAGCUUAGGAUGGUUUUAUGCCUUUGUGGAAUUGCUGAUCACCACUAUUGGCAUGGCAAUGGUUCUGGUUUCGUCCUGCUCUGGAAAUCCAUUCAAAGACCUGCUGAUCUUCAUGUGUUUGUCCGUCUUGCGGCAUUUCGGAUUUCAGCGGGGUACUUCAGCUGGCGAGAGGGUCAGGGUGUCAGGUGCUAUCAUCUUCGGAUUUGUGGCUUGUCAAGGCCGAAAAAUUGUGGCGACCUCGCGGGUCGAUCAAGCCUCCAGAAACAAGGGUUUUUGGAUUUGGGGGAAUGACCCCCAACAUGGCUUCCUAUUUUGCUUGGGAAUCAUUGUGAUAUCAUUAGUUUGCUGGGAUGCGAUUUUCUGUAUUCAUACGAAUGCACAUUGUGUGUACAUAUUUAUUUACAAUAAAGAUAUGUAUAUGUAUAUAUAUAUAUGUUAUAUGUCACACAUACAAUGUCAAUGUGUGUGA